CGCAUAUUUAUGUGUACAUGGUCAAUACGUCCGAUUAUUUUCAAGCGUGAGGAGAACAGUAGUCUGGCCUACAUUUGUACUCCACCAGACCAUCCCAGGUAGGACUCGUAUGCAGGGAUCCUUGUUGCAUUAUUACACGCAAUCUCUAAUUGGCCAGCCCUAAUGUCGUCAUGCAUAUCUCGCUCGAGCUCAACGCGAGCUUCGGGAUCCCCAACCAACCCCAUUACCAACCAGAAAACUUCUACCCCUCCCUUUCCCACCAUAAGCUGGGCCGCAAUCUGCUCCGAAAGUUCUCAUUGCCCUUUAUUUGUUCGUUAUUGCUCCUGUAGUGGUUCAUACCUCUUCCGAACACCUUCCAGUACAUCAUUCUGACCAUGGCAUCUGCGACCGGCAUCCCGGAGAAUGUAAACCCAACAGCAGGAGAUAGAGCGAGUGAACAAGAACCUCUGUUAGGGCGUAGGGGCGACGCGAGUCAGAUGGAUGGAGAGAGCAUAUGGCUGAACCUUUGGCUAGGUACGGCGCCCAUCGCUCAGGCUGGGAUAUGGAUCCUUGCAGCAAUCAUCUGGGGUGCUAUAUUCACCCACGAUCUUAUAUUCUUCUCUGCACAUCCACUGCUCAACUCGGCCGGUCUCCUCUUCGUUACCCAAGCCGCCCUCGUCCUCCAACCUACACACACACCCUCACAAAAACGCACCGGUACCCUCCUCCACUUCCUCUUUCAUAUCAUCGGACUUUCGGCACUGCUGAGCGGUCUCAUCAUAAUUGAGAUCAACAAGCGCGGGCCAGGACAUGCGCACUUCGAGUCGCCGCACGCCAUCCUCGGGCUCGUCUUUUACAUCACCAUCUUCCUGCAGGCCGUGGUUGGCUUCACGCAAUACUAUACCCCCAGCUUGUACGGCGGCCUGGACCAAGCGAAGAAAAUCUGGAAGUUUCACCGGGCAAGUGGGUAUAUUGUUGCAAUUUUGGGACUCGCGACCGUAUGCGCGAGUUCGUGGACCACGUAUAACUUGAAUGUCUUGCAUAUGGAACACUGGGCUGUCAUUGUAGCUAGUGUUUUGGUGCUCGCGGGUGUCGUGCCGAGGAUCAAACUGGAGAAGUUUGGGAUUUCGAGAGGGGCGUAAUGGGUUAGUAGACUGAGAGACGGAUUUAGGAAAGGGAGGAGUUUCCGUAUAUGUGCAGUGACACUGAACUGGUAUAGAAGUAGAUAGUAUAAGAUAGCGAUCAUCGUGGAUUCGCCUAGGGGACUCAUCAACC